AUGCCCAUGCGCUCCCGCUCCGUCGCGCUCCUCCGCCACCUGGCGCGGCCGCGGGCGGCGUCGACGGCUCCACCCGUCACCGCGGCCAGCAUUCGCAGGGAGCUUAGCCUUCUCAGGGAUCUUGUGAAAGUUCAGGCCAAGGUUGUCGAGUCCAGGAGGCUGUACGAUCGGUUCAUCAGGAGGAUCUUCCCGGUCGUGGUGGCAGUGUUACUGCUUGUUGAAUGGAAUCAGGACGCUUCUAUCAAGGAGCUGAAGGAGAGCGUCACCAAGCUCAAGGAGGAGAAGGAGAAGGCGGCUUCCACGACGAUGGCAUCAAGCUCUGCUAUGCCUGCCUCUGAGGCUGAGGCUGAGUCUGAGCCGACCGUCGCCAUGCUCAAGGAGGAGAAGGACAAGGCGGCUUCCGCUACGACGUCAUCAAGCUCUGCUAUGCCUGCCUCUCAGGCUGAGUCUGAGCCGACCGUCGCCAUGCUCAAGGAGAAGAAGAAGGCGGCUUCCGCGACGACGGCAUCAAGCUCUGCUAUGCCUGCCUCUGAGCCUGAGUCUGAGCCGACCGUCACCAAUGGCACGUCCUGCGUGGGGGCUCAACUUGAUCCACGCUAG